AUGGCAACAACAUAUAUUGAAUUAACUCUCCACGAGCUUUUGCAAAUCGCUUUGGGUAACCCGAAAAUUUACAGUGUUCACUUGUCUUUGCUCCAAAGUUUCUUUGACAUACUACUGAAGAAGUUAGAUUCACGAACUGAGAAGAUUGAAAUUGUCGGCAAGAUGAGCACCUGCUUGCAAAAAAUCCUUAGAGAAAGUCGUAUAUCGCCGUAUAAUUUUGAAUGCGCCAAAGUCCAAACAUUUUCCGAGAAUUUGGCAAAAGUGGAGCUUCUUAAAGAACGUGUUCGUGUAUUGGAGAACAAACUGACGGCCCACUUUAAGCAAAUACGGGAUGACGAAGGCAUACAGAGCACGCAUUAUAGCACCGGCAAUUUCGAAAAAUUCGCUGAGGCUUGCGAGAGCUUUUGUAUAUAUCCCAAAGCUGAGGACACUAUUGCCUGCAAAUUAUUAACAAAUACACACUUCGUUGUACAUCUGAUUGAUAGUGCCAUAUCGCCACUGCUCACCGAAAUGGAUAGCAGACGAAAAAGACUUAGCGACUUGCAUGCGAAGUUUGCCGAUUUCAAAGAUCGUUUAAAUAAGGAGCUUGCUGAAUUGAAUGAGAGUUAUAAUCGUUGCAUAAUCACCGAAAAAUUGCGAGUAGAUUUUGAAAGUGAUAAGGUCACACUUGAGAUGACAAAAAGUGAAAUACACAAUAUGUUGUUGGCUAAAUUGGACAAAACCGAGAUAAUAUUUAUUAAGAAAAAAUUCCACGAGCAACUAAGAAAUAUAAAUAGAGAAUGGAAUAAACUGCAAACUUUACUCAAGAGGAAAAUGGAAGUGAAAAAGGUUAUUGGUCCAAACCAAUGUAUCUCAUGCCUGGGACCAGUUCAUUGCAUCAGGGAACCAACUAAACCGAUACCCUUGAAAAAGUGUGCAGAGGAGAAAAACAGUGAAGAACGAAAGGAAAAGAAUUGUUCAAAAAUCAAAACGUGUGCAAACUUGGUUCUAGAUGAACAUUAA